AUGCCCAGCACGCUCUCCUCAGCACUUGUGCUUUCCUCUGUCUUUAGGUCUGUAAAUAUAAAGGGGGACUCUGAGGACUUUAAAAGCAAAAUCAAGCAAGAAGCAAAGAUAACCACCCCAGAAGAGUUUUUGUACGUGAUUCGGAGACUUCUGAAAUUGCAAGACAUUAAAACAAUAACUGAUCUCUCCCUUUUCAAGGAGGGAAUAGAACCCAUGUGGGAAGACCCGAGCAAUCUCAAAGGGGGAAAAUGGAUAGUAAAAAUCAAGAGAAAUACAGCGGAGCAGAGACUCUUUGAGAGCGUUUUCUUGUGGAUGGCACUUGUUCCGUUUAAAACCAUGGAUGUAAACGGGGCUGUGAUAAGCGUGCGGGGCCACCACACAAUUCUCUCGCUUUGGACGAAAACAUGCCCCUCCGAUGGGGAGAUGCUCGAGCAAGAGGCGGAAAUUCGGGAGAAAUUGGAGAUUAAGCCGGUCAUUCCCGUUGCUUUCAAGGGAAAUGAUGAGUCCCUGAAGGACAAGUCUUCGUUCAGGCACAUCGUGAAGGAGAAGAAAUAA